CUGCUGCCAAUAUUAGUGCAUAAACUAUUGCCCCACGAAGUGACCCCCUCCAAGAUGGGAAUAUAUUUAUUGCUGUGUACCUUCACACAAUCGUACACAGAUAUGUCUACUUGCAUAUAAAUCAACCAUUUCUACUUCUCUAUAUAGUAGUACAUCAUAUGGAGACAUAGUACAUAGAAAGCCAGUGAUAAUACAGAAAGCAUAGAAGGGAUGAAAGCAGAGAUAGCAGGAAUGCAGCCACACUUUGUGCUCAUACAUGGCCUAAGUGGAGGAGGUUGGUGUUGGUACAAAAUCCGAUGUCUCAUGGAAAAUUCCGGCUACAAAGUCUCUUGUAUCGACCUCAAAAGCGCUGGCAUCGAUCAAUUUGAUGCUGACAAGGUUCUUUCUUUCGAGGAAUACAACAGGCCCUUGAUGGACUUCAUGUCUGCCUUGCCGGAAAAUGAUCAGGUUAUACUAGUAGGUCACAGCGCUGGAGGGCUGAGUGUCACUGCAGCAACUCAAAAAUUUGCCAAGAAAAUUAGCCUUGCUGUUUAUGUUGGUGCUACCAUGCUCCAAGAAGGCUUUAUGACUCCCCAAGACCUUAAAGAUGGAGUACCAGAUUUAUCAGAUUUCGGUGAUGCAUAUGACUUUGUGUUUGGUUUGGGUCAAGAUCAACCUCCUACCAGUGCUGUGGUGAAAAAAGAUCUACAACGCAAAAUCAUAUAUCAUAUGAGCCCCAUUGAGGACUCGACAUUAGCUGCAAUGCUAUUAAGACCAGCACCAAUUCAAGCACUAAUGUCUGCCAAAUUUAAAGAGGAAGAUGAGAAUGUGACUAAUAACAUACCUCGCAUAUACAUCAGAACAACUGAUGAUAGAGUGAUUAAACCAGAACAACAAGAUGCGAUGAUCAAGAGGUGGCCGCCAUCAGAGGUAUAUGUAUUGGAGAGUGAUCACAGCCCUUUUUUCUCCACCCCAUUUCUGCUAUUUGGUUUGCUUAUUAAGGCUGCAACAUCUCUUGCUGCUGUGUAAUUAAAUUACCCCCCCCCCCCCCCCCCCCCACACACACACACACACAAACACCUGAGAGCUAUAGCAUUUUAGAUCAUUGAAUGAAAUGAUCACUGUAUCUCCUUUAUUUAUAUAAUUAUGAAUUCAGUUAAUCCCUCAAUCAGUUUCCGAAUAUAUAAAGUUAUUAACUUUGUGAGGGACAAUCUUCCAAA